AAAACUUCCGAAUCCUUGUUUGGCCAAACUCCGUUCAAAAAGAAUGAGCUUCUACACUUCAUUUGAAAAUUCUGAAAUUGAGUUUUAGUUAAAGAGUAAAUCGUUGGUUAGUUGUAUUAAUGAGGAUGGCUAAUCUAUGGAGGUCCUAUCAGGCCUUGAUGACCAAAUACCCCUGGUCAGUCCAGAUAGUCACAGCUGGGUCUCUAGUGGGUGUGGGUGAUGUCAUCUCCCAACAGCUGAUUGAGAGGAGAGGAUUAGCUCAUCACAAUGUGGGACGAACAGCCCGGAUGAUGAGUAUAGGAUUCUUCUUUGUGGGUCCGGUAAUCGGCAGCUGGUACAAAGUUUUGGACAGGAUCGUGGUUGGAGCCUCUAAAUCUGAUGCCAUGAAGAAAAUGCUUGUUGACCAGCUGUGUUUUGCUCCGUGCUUCCUGGGAACUUUCCUCUGUAUUUCCGGAGCCCUGAACGGACUAACAGUGGAGGAGAACAUUACCAAACUUAAGAGGGACUACACAGAUGCCCUGAUCUCUAAUUACUAUGUAAGUUUCUGAUGUUGAAUUAACUGGUUUUGGUUUUUCUGUCAUGGUUGUGAGAUUAUUUUUUCACACCCAAACAUAGGACUUUGAUUUAGACACUAACGAAGCUGUAGAGUUGUAAACGUUAGAAAAAAAACAACUGCAGUUGCACCGUUCAACCUGAGGAGGGCAGC